AUAUAGUGAAACGUGCUAUAAUUUGCUUGUGUGUGCGUGACCUCCGGAAAAAAUUCAAUUGAAAAGUUUUGUGGUGCAGUGAAAAAGAAUAAUUAAUUUCUAGCACGAAAUAUCCUAGCUCUCUAGUCGUAAGCAUCGUUUACGGACACCACUGAUACGGUAGAAAAUGGAUGUAUUUCUCAUGAUUCGGCGAAAGAAAACAACCAUUUUCACAGACGCCAAAGACAACACGACAGUUAGUGAAUUGAAAAAGAUGAUAGAAGGCAUUCUGAAGAUUCGACCCCGCGACCAACAGCUGUACAACAAAGAUAACACAGUAAUGGAAGAUGAUAAACCACUACAGGACUAUGGUAUUUCAAUGGUAACGGCCAAGGCACAGGCACCAGCACAACUUGGCCUGGCAAUACGGACUGAAACGGGGGAGUUUGAGCCAUUGGAAAUAGCACCCUACUCAUCACCACCAGACCUCCCGGACGUGAUGAAGAAUCAAGAGGCUGCCAAUGGACAGGAGCAAGUUGCUUAAUCGCCUUUCUUUCAACAACAAAAACACCCCCCACACACGCUAAAAUGAAGCCACACAAAAUAUGCAGAGGAGAGCUCCAUCAUAAUACAACCACGAGAGAGAGAGGAAAGAAAAUGUUGAACAUUUUUCUUCUUUGUUUUUUUUUUGUCUGGAAUUACACAGGAGAGCGCUUGAGGUAACAAAAAAAAAAGAAAAAUAAUAAUUAAAUUUUAAAUGCAAAGCGAAAAAAAAUGUAUAAAUUAAUCAUUUAUUCUUUUUACCAAUAUUGUGAGGAAUUUUUUUAUUUUAUUAAAUAAGCCUCAGCAUUA